ACCCUAAUGCAAGAUGAUCAUGGAGCAGCGCAAGAUGGAGCGGAAGAGGACCUUGACUAUGAACUGGGACGGCCUCCACGACCAAGAAGACGACUCCUUCUUCGAAUCCCGCGACCGCAUGUCCUCCGCCGUCCCCAUCGACCUCGACGGCUCCUCCUCCGACGAUGACGACUUCGACGACAGCCGCAUGUCCUUCGCCUCCUGCGUCUCCUCCCUCCGCAACGACGUCGACAUCCGCGCCUUGUCCGGCGCCGCCGCCGAGCCGUCUUUCACCUCGGCUCCUUUAACGCCGGACUACAACAUCUGGAUGGCCGCGCCGGGCUCGAUCUCCGAGCGCCGCAGGCGCUUGAUGCAGGGGAUGGGAUUGGCUAACGGCGGCAAAGACAUCGUCAGCUUUAAACGCAUCGUCUCGAAUAUUAACCCAAACGGCGUCCUCCCGGCCGUUGCCAAAUCCCCUACUUUGUCGGUGGAGAAGAUACAACUCCCAGCUGAAGCGGCGCGACCGGAGCCAGAGCACAGCGCGGAGCCGGAGGCGUCGAUUUCACCGCCGCCGGUGGUGGUGCUUGUACGGUCGAGAUCGGAGGGCGAAAUCGAGGCUUUCUCGGCGGAUAAACGGAGAAAAGAGGAGGUGAUGGGAACGGUCUCGAAGCAACGCCUGACGAGAACGUCGUCGACGAUCGCGGCGCCGAGCGCGAAAAUGUGCUCGUACUACUCGGAGGCGGUGGGGGCGACGCCGCAAAGCGACGGAGCGGCACAGCGUCAGAGGCAGAACAGCACGGCGUUGUCAACGGAGUUCACCAACAAUCUAGGGGCGUUCUUCCUGAUCAAGAACCUGGACACCGGAACGGAGUUCAUCGUGAACGAGUACGAUCAGAACGGGUGUUGGAACAAGUUCAGUGAUCUCCAAACGGGGAAGAAGCUGACCAUGGACGAGUUCGAGAAGUCCGUCGGGUACUCUCCGGUGGUGAAGGAGGUGAUGCGGCGGCAGAGUGUGACCAGCGUCGACGUAGGGACCGAGAGGAAGGUCGGUGCAGCCGGAGCCAAUUCGUUUGUGUCGAAAAGUCUAAGGAUGAGCAAGAGAAAAGUGGCGCUGUUGAAGAACAGCAUCAAAGGUGUGGGGAGUGCUGUGAGCGUGUUGAUUGGGGAGAAAGAUCAACACGCCUCCCCGCCGCCACCGCCGCUGCCGCAGGACCAGAAGCCGGGGAAGUCUAGUUCCGAGUGGAUUAAAGUUAGGCACAGUGGGAAGUCAUAUAAGGAGCUGUCAGCAUUGCAUUUGUGUCAGGAGAUUCAGGCUCAUGAGGGGUCGAUUUGGACUAUUAAGUUUAGUUUGGAUGCGAGGUUUCUUGCUAGUGCUGGAGAGGAUAGGGUCAUUCAUGUGUGGGAGAUUCAGGAGUGUGAGAUUAUGUCAUUGGAUAGCAAUGCCACCCCGGUGCAUCCCUCGUUGUGCUCAUCUCAGGAUCGGUCGCCGUCUCUUAGCUCUGAGGCUUCAAUUUCAUCUGAGAAGAAGAAGAAGGGGAAGGGAGGCUCUUCUAGGAAGACAAAUGUCAUUCCUGACUAUGUUCAUGUACCGGAAUUCGUGUUUGCCCUUUCAGAGAAACCUGUGUGCACCUUUGAAGGUCAUUUGGAUGCUGUACUAGACUUGUCAUGGUCCAGAGAUCAGCUAUUGCUUUCAUCUUCAAUGGACAAAACUGUUAGAUUAUGGGAUAUGGAGACCAAGAGUUGUUUAAAGAUGUUUGCUCACAAUGAUUAUGUAACUUGCAUACAGUUCAAUCCUUUGGACGACAAUGUUUUCCUCAGCGGCUCCCUUGAUGCAAAACUUCGAUUAUGGGACAUACCUGCUCGAAAAGUGGUAGACUGGACAGAUCUUCAUGAAAUGGUCACUGCUGCAUGCUAUACUCCAGAUGGCCAGGCUGCCGUUACUGGCUCACACAAAGGGAACUGUCGCAUGUACAAUGCAGAAGAUUGUAGAUUAAGUCAAGAAGGCCAGAUUGAUAUCAAAAACAAGAAGAAGAAUCAAUCAAAGAAAAUAACUGGUUUCCAGUUUUCUCCAAUCAAUCCAUCCGAAAUGCUUGUCACAUCUGCUGAUUCCCGGAUUCGCAUUGUGGACGGUGAUAGAGAUGUUACUCAUAAGUUUAGAGGUUUCCGAAAUACAAGCAGUCAAAUUGGAGCGUCGUUCUCUCCGAACGGGAAGUACAUUAUUUGUGCUAGUGAAGACUCUAAUGUAUAUGUUUGGAAGCGUGAGGAGCCUCGCGUGUCAGCCACAGGAAAAAAGAGCACAAUCACCACCACAUCUCAUGAAUAUUUCCAGUGUAAAGAUGUUUCAGUAGCAAUCCCUUGGCCUGGCACCAUAAAAGGUGACCCUCCCCCGCCAAUGCCUGUUCAUUCUUCCAAGAGGCACUCAAAACGUUCCUCUAUACAGCCAGUUUCAGGAGCUGCAUCGCCUACUCCAGAAGAGAGCAAGAGACUGUUGCCACCUCUUCCAAAGAAAAACACAAAUCCAAGUACUCCUCCUCCUACUGCGGUAGCGGAGAGACCUUCAAGUCCCCCGACAGAAGAUCAGGAUCCAUCUGACAUAUCUCGAACGGAUUCUGGGAUUGGCGAGUCAUUCAACAGCUCGGACCCUUCCUCAAUUAGGUAUAGUGGCGACUCAUCAUCCUCUAUAUUUUCCGGCAAUGCAUCAUCAUCUUGGUCUUCCUCUUGGUCCUCUUUGUUUGGUCAUGAAUCGAGCCAAACAACGCAAGCUUGGGGCUUGGUCAUUGUAACAGCUACCCUAGAAGGUGAAAUCAGGGCAUAUCAAAAUUUUGGGAUACCAAGAAGAGUGCAGAGCAAUAUUUUUGGAGGUCCUACCUAGUUCGUUUUCAAUUCUGUUGUUCAUCUCAAAAUCGAUCAAAAACGAUUCCCUGGUGCAGUAAGAUCUAGGAACAGAAUCGAACUGCACGAACGGGGA